AUGUCAUCGAGCAGGACAGCGUUCCCGCUGGACGACUGCCAGAAACUCAUAGAACACGGAGUCAACACUGCAGACCUGCUUCCUCAGGCUCCAGGUGAGGUAGCUAUCCGUUGUGGUCUGGGGGAGAAGGAGGACCUGCUGGGGUGUUUCACCAAGAAGGCCCUUCAGAUCCAUCUGGACAGCCUCCCGGAGGUACCAGUGUUAGUAGACGUGCCGUGUGUGUCUGCCCAGCUGGAUGACUCUCUGCUGUACGCGGUGAGAGACAGAGUGUCACGACACGGAUCAGUCUCUUCACACCCUCCAGUCCAGAUAGAGGAGCUCCAGGAGAGACCUGGCAGUGUGUUGGUACGCUGGUGUAAGGUGGAUGAUGAGUUUGCGGUGCAGGACUACCGUCUGCAGUAUCGUCGCUCAGUGUCUGGUCAGUACGAGGACACCUACAUCGGGCCGGAGCAGGAGUUCCUGGUCCUACACCUGGACCCCCACACUGAUCAUCUGUUCAGGGUGUGUGCCCGGGGGGAGGGACGUACCGAGUGGAGCCCCUGGAGCGUCCCACAGACAGGAUACACCACACUGGCACCCCAUGAGUGGUGUCCAGGCAGUGAGGGCUACAUCCUCAGCAGUAGAAGGAACAUCGCCAUGCGGAGUGACUCGUCCCCCUCUAAAGCUGGGGUUCUCUACUCCAACGCUCCGACCUACUUCUGUGGACAGACGCUCACCUUCAAGAUCUCUGCCACGGGCCAGGUGGACAAGCGGGACAGUAUCGGGGUGUGUGUGGGGUGUGAGGGAGAGGCGGAGUCUCUGCAGAGGGACCAGGCCGUCUGCAUCUCCACCAACGGAGCAGUGUUUGUCAACGGUAAAGAGAUGACCAACCAGCUGCCUUCCAUCACCCUCGGCUCUGCUGUGACCUUCGAUAUGGAAGUGGUCAACCUACUUCCUAUUAGCAACAACAACAACCUUAGCGACGGAGGCAACUUCAAGCUGAGGGUUACGAUUGGCUCAGGGAACCGGGAAGUGGUGUUUGAUUGGCUGCUGGACCAAGGGGUGGACUGCCUGUUCUUUGGCUGCUCCUUAGCCCACCCUGGUUGGAAGGUGCUGGUGUUCUGAGGCUGCUGAUUGGACAGCAGACCUGUCAGUCAACACAAAGGGACAAGCAGGGUAACAGUCCUGUCUGCUGGAGUUGUCCUGUCCCAAAUCAACCCCUGCUAUUCAAACUUUUUUUAGCAGGGACCCUAUUUUGUUGUGUGCAUUUUCUCAUGAACUCAACCCCAAAAUAAUUUUAAAAAACAGUACAUUUUAGAUUUUUACAUCAACGAAUAACCCUCAAUUCAUUACAUUUACAAGAAACCAAAAUAAAUGUACUCAAUUUUAUUUUUUAAA